AUGGAGGUAGACGUACCGUGUCCCGGCUGGAACGAGGCGGCCUGCCCCGGUGGUCUGCCGGCCCAUAACGAGUCCGAACCCCACAAGAACGUCGUCCAGAUCCGGGACAAUGUCCGGGCCAUCGACCCGGCGGUCACCACGCUCUACAUGUGCCCCGUGACGCUUGGAGAGGAGUACGGCGACAACGCGGCGCUGUUUCUGGCACCGUACCCGACGCCAUUCCAAGACGGUGACGUGAUUGUGAGCGGCCAGGCCGGCGGGGUUAUGCAUGUUGUUGAGAGUACGGCACCAGUCGGACCCUUUGCCUUUGUACUGGGGAGCGCCGCAAACAUAGAAGAUGUCGUGGCGUACAGCAGUUUUAAAGAGGAAGUGGAUCCUGUCGCCAUCGAUGACGAUACAACUGAAGAAGACGUACCGGACCCGGUGUUGCUGUCCACUGCCAUCAGCGGAGACCUGCCAGUAAACAGCAGCAAUGUGACAGUCAUCAACAACGUUGUUCCAGUGUACAAGUGUGUCGGGAACGGAUACGUCUCAAACUCCGGAGACGAGUGGGUGUCGAUGUUUCUCGUCUUCAAGGCAACCGACUUUAACGACCUGGGCUCCGAAGAUGGCGACAUUCUUGUGGGUAGCGAAAGUAACGGUUGGCUAGAGACUGUGACAGGAGUUAACGCUGGUGAUGAGUUUUCUUUUGUACGGACUGAUUUGGUGAGGUGUGGAGAAGACCUUCCAGAUGGAAACAGCUUAACUAUUCCUACAAAAUCGGAGGACAACAUUCCGGAUCUCCACUGUGUGGGAGGAGACAAUUCCAAAGGAAUCUUGGUGUAUGAGAACGCGACACUGGAAAAUCUUGGUUUUGCAACCGGGGACACCAUAGUUGGAAGAAAGAGCGGUGCCUUUUUGUCAAAGGUUAUGUCGCGGACUCAGAAAGGUGACCUUGUCUUCGUUGAAGUCUCUCCUGUGUCGACUCUACAAGACAGCGAGGAUUCGACGAAUUCUUCCAUUAGUACACGAAGGCGCAGAGCCACUAUUGAUGCACAUUUGACAUUUUCAAAGACAGUCUCUAUCACAAUACCAGUAUCUCUGGGACCGGCAGAAAUAACCUUCGGAGCUAAAGCGGGAUUUAAACUAGGGUUUGAGUUUACUAUGGAGCUGGGUUGGAGUUCUCCCUUCGUGCAACAGGCGGGAGCACGUUUCUUUGGGAGUGCUGAACUAAGUGUCUCUGCUAAGGCGUCAAUCUCAGCAUCGGUAUCGAGGUCCUGGUCAAAGAUGUUGAAGGAGGGGAACAUUAAGAGUUUUUGCAUCCCUAUCUGGGGUCCCAUUUGUCUGCCCACAAAACUGCGCUAUGAAAUACCCGCAAAGAUAGAGGUCUCCGCUUCGGUGGAGUUUGAGAUAUCAUGUAAAGCUACUGCUUCAGCGUCAGCAUCGAUGGGCGUCUCAUGGAGCAGUGGGCGGGGACUAACACCACGGUUUGAUACCGAUUUUAACAUCGAUCUUAGCAAAGAUGCGAAAACAAAAGCUGAAGGCAGCGCUAAGCUGACAGGCACCAUCACACCAACCCUGCUACUGGACGUCCCGGCUCCGGGACUUCCUAUCAACAUACCUAUCCCUCGCUGGUUAUUGCCAAGAUUUAUCAGGCGUUUACUUGAUAAGUACUACAAGUCUUAA